GCUGUUUCGAAGUAUUCAUGAGGCCCUAGCACCGUGGAAGGGCGUUUGGAUCAAGCUAGUCGGCUUUCGAGACAUUGUGGUGGCUUGAGAUGCUAGACUAAAAUCUGACAGGCGUCGGGAACUUUUAUGUCAUAAAUCCGCUGCCGAAGGAGUUGGAGGGACUUCCGAGGUCCCCCUUUGUUGUCAUCUCACUUAAGCUGUCACUCCAAAAACCUCAAGCCCAUGUUGCCAGACUUAUUUUCAUGCAACUUUCGUAGUCUCCAAGUUCGAGUUGUCUCAUGUCAUCGGCGCAUUCCGACUAACAAGGCCCCUCAGAUGCGCCGAGAACGUAACCGCGAAGCGCAAAAAGUCUUCCGCAAGCGCAAGCAGGCGGCAGAAGAGAUCCAGGCACACCGCCUGCAGCACCUGGAAACCACGGUCGCCAAGAUGAGCUCCGCUGUGGUUGAGUUGGUCGACUGGAUGCUGGACAUUGAAGCGCUGAAGCAGGAGAUUGGGGUCUUGACGCGUAUCCAAGAGAUGGUGGCGCACGUGUUGGCACUUGCAGACGAUGCUGUGGCGUUGGAGGAUGAGCUUCCGAAGAGGAGGAAGAAGAAGCUCAGAGAAACGAAACUUGCCUCGGUACCUAGUCCCUCUCCAGAGAACGAUAAUUCUCCGGGUAUGCAAGUGAAGGAUGCCGGUGUUGAAGACACAGCCCACGUGGCAUCGAGUCCGCAGGCAAACAUCCCAGCACCAGAACCUCCAACCCCCACACCAGACGACCAAAUCCUCUCCCACCUAACAUCCCUAGCCUGCCGCCCAACCUCACUACCCCCAACCCUCGGAACCUUCCAUUGCGGCUCAACAACCUCCCUCAGUCCAGACUUGUUCAGUUUCCGCCUCACGCACACGUGCUUUACCCUAGGCUACCUCGUCCUCAGCAAGUCCCUCGAGUCACCCCUCCCCCACGGAGAGGAACCUCGCAUCUUCAGCUCAACACUCAAAUACCGCGAAAGAGACGAUCUGAUCACAAAGAUGAGGUGGCUCGUUGGACCAGGGCAGCACGAGCUCCAACAAGCGGCGGAAUUACCCAUGGGUGGACGGUGGUACGGCGACGAGUUCAGCUUAGAGGACCUGUCGCCAGGGAACUUUGACCUUUUCGAGAAGACUGCACUGGCGGACGCUCGACAGACGUGGUUUCUAGGUGUUGCUGGUGUUGAGAGGCAGCUUAUUGCUUUGGGUGCUCGGGUCGUGGAUAAGGAGACGUUGGGGCUGACGUUGAGUGGGCCGUUGAAGUUGGCCUCGGGUAAGAAACGGUCUUUGGCGUCGGAGAGCUGGAGUUUUGUGGAUUAUUUCCCGCAAACAUUACAGAGGCGGUCAAAAAAGGCGUUCACGGUGCAGUUGAAUAAUACGCUGCUGAUUGCUAAUUUGUCGAGAUGCGCGGUGUGUCUUAUGAAAGGACCGGGUUUUCCGAGGGACAAGCUGAAGAGGGCUAUUGAGGAUUCUGUGGUCAUGGUCAACAAUAGUUGACUUAGAUUUCUGCCAUUUUAGUUAGUUUGUUCUCUCUAGCCUUCCGUUUAUGUGACACGGGAAUCCUGCGAUGGAGGGCGCGUUGGGAGAAAGAAACAGGAUUUUAACUUAAAGAUGCCCUCAGCCCUGGCAUGGCUGAUCUGUUGGGGCCGUCACUGGCAGUAUGGGAGCAGGCGUCUCGUGAAUCCCAAAGUCAUAUUUCUGG